CCUGAAUGCUUACCGUUGACUUUUUCCUCUGUGCUUUUGACCUAACAUGAAAAAUUUACAUGAGAAUUUCAAUUUUUUGUGGCAACUAACAAAAGAACAGGAUGUUCCCCCGAUGUCUAGGUUCAAACUGGGGAUUUCUCUCUCACAUUCGACAACUAUCUUACUGAUGGCGUGCUCUUCCAGGGAUGGAGAAUUUUUAUUCAGCAUGGAAUAAAAUGUCAAGUAAUCCAGACGCAAUGGGGACUUCUUUACUUUUUCUUCAUUAUUCCACAACAACCUCCAUUAUUCUGGGGUUGUCUAUAUCGUAUUGGUGAAUAGAGAGUUGAAUCUUAGCUGCAUUCAAAGUAUCCACCAUGUCGAACAAGACUCAAGAUUUAGCCAUCCAUAGAUCGCCUUCGCAGUCGUCUUUGGGUGGUCCCGGGAAACCAGAUAUUGCUAAUGGAGAGGUCGUUCAUUCGGCUUCUGGUCACCUCGAUGCGGUUUAUGGUGUAGGUGGUGUGGGACAUACUCAACGUAGGUUGAAGGCGAGACAUGUUACCUUUAUUGGUUUUGGUGGUGGUAUUGGUACGGGUCUUUUUAUCGGUACUGGUGCAGCUUUAGCCAAUGCUGGACCUUUGGGUCUGCUUUUGUAAGUCGAGGCUUGCUCAGAUUAAGUUGACGAUACCUGGUAUUAACAAGUUGCAGGGCUUACAGCGUGGUCGGUCUUCUUCUUUGGUGUGUGAUGGAGUCAAUUGGAGAAUUGGCCACUCUGGUAAGUUGACAAGAUUAAUCACAUGAUCACCAGACUUAAACUUACAUUUUCAGUUUCCAACCGCUGGAUCAUUCCCUCAUUUCGCUACUCGAUUCGUCGAUCCUGCUCUCGGUUUUACUCUCGCUAUUUCUUAUGGUUAUUGUUACACCAUUGCAAUCGCCUCGGAAGUUUCAGCCGCAGCUAUCGUAGUGUCUUACUGGACAGAUAUCACACCCGCCGUCGUAAUUACCAUAGGAUUAGUCGCCAUCUUCCUCAUCAACAUGGCCAACGUCAAAUUCUAUGGCGAAGCCGAAGUCAUCACUGCAUCUAUCAAAAUCCUUUGUUUCCUGGUCUUGAUUAUUGUUUCCCUGGUUAUCACAGCUGGAGGAGCACCCAAUCACGAGACUAUCGGGUUUAGAUAUUGGAAGGAUCCAGGUCCAUUUGUUCCCUUCGAUGGUAUUACAGGGAAUAAAGGUAACUUCCUCGCAUUUUUCAGUGCCUUCAUCAAUGCCAGUUUCUCAUAUAUUGGUGUUGAGACUGUCGUUGUCGCCGCCGCUGAAACUGUCAACCCACAUAAAGCCAUCCCAAAAGCAGUCAAACGUGUUACCUAUCGAAUCCUAUUUUUCUACGUCCUCGGUACGCUCCUCAUUGGAAUGAUUAUUCCAUCUAACGAUCCCGGUCUUGUCAGUGGAUCCGGUAAUGCAAAUUCCUCACCCUUCGUCAUCGCAAUCAAGAACUCCGGCAUCUCCGUCCUCCCAUCCAUAAUCAACGCCUGUAUCCUUACCUCCGCCUGGUCCGCCGGAAACAGCUACUGUUACAUUGGUGCAAGAAUGAUCGUAGCCAUGGCAGUCGACCGACAAGCCCCUCAAUGUUUCGCAAAGGUAAAUCGCUGGGGUGUACCAUACUAUGCCGUCCUCGUCUCUUUCGCCUUCGGUCCUCUCGCCUAUCUAAGUCUCGGCUCAGGUGGAGCAGCCCAAGCUUUCACCUGGUUACUAAAUCUCAGCACUGUCGCUGGACUCCUCGCCUGGAUGACCCUCUGCAUCUGUUACAUCCGCUACCACCACGCCUGUCUCGCACAAGGUGUCAACCGCGACAAUCUCCCCUUCAAAGGACGCUGCCAACCCCUCGCCGCAUACGUCGGCGCCAUCGGCUCAGGAAUCAUAGUAAUAUUCUCCGGAUUCGGCGUCUUCGUCAAGGGAAAUUGGAACACGGCUAAUUUCAUAGCGAGUUAUAUCGGUAUCGUUAUUUAUAUCGCUCCGUAUGUUUUUUGGAAAAUUUUCAAGAGGACGAGUGUCUCGAGGUCGAAAGAUGUGGAUCUUUUCUCGGGGAGAUUCGAUGCUAGUUGUGCGCCUGUAGAACCGAUUCCUACGACUGCGUGGGGAAGGUUUUUGGAUUGGUUGUUUUGAGGUGGUGGGGAUAUGGAC